GUCAACUCACGGAGCAUCUGCAAAUCGAAGCUUGACCCAUUUUGAAACCGUGAAAUUUACGCGGGGGCAUAACGACAUUUUCGCGAAUAAAAAGGAGUAACGCCUUAGACUGCGUUUCAUAUCAUUUUACAUCGAAUAAAUUCAUCGCCUAAUUUCAAUUGAUUGAUACAUAAUCGCGCCAAAAUCUAGGAUUUCCCUUUUGUAGCAGAGUACUCUACAAUCCUCUACUAAAACUGAUAUCUUGUUUUGAAAAUUUUUAAAAAAUGGCAAUGGCUGGAUUGUACCGUCGGCGACUUCCUUCUCCUCCUGCUAUCGAUUUCGCUUCCUCUGAAGGAAAGCAACUUUUUGUUGAAGCCAUUCAGAAUGGAACAAUGGAAGGUUUCUAUAGGUUGAUUUCUUAUUUUCAGACGCAAUCUGAGCCUGCAUAUUGUGGUUUGGCUAGCCUUUCUAUGGUCCUGAAUGCCCUUGCCAUUGAUCCUGGAAGAAAAUGGAAGGGACCUUGGAGGUGGUUUGAUGAAUCCAUGUUAGAUUGCUGUGAACCAUUAGAAAAGGUUAAGGCUACGGGCAUCUCAUUUGGGAAGCUAGUGUGUUUGGGUCUCUGUGCUGGGGCAAAAGUGGAAGCAUACCGUACAAAUCAGAGUGACAUUGAUGACUUUCGUAAGCAUGUUAUACAAUGUUCCAUUUCUGAUGAUUGCCAUAUUAUUUCUUCAUAUCAUAGAGGAAUUUUCAAACAGACAGGAACUGGUCAUUUUUCACCAAUUGGUGGUUAUCAUGCUGGAACGGACAUGGCACUGAUUUUGGAUGUUGCACGUUUUAAGUAUCCUCCACAUUGGGUCCCACUAAAACUUCUGUGGGAAGCUAUGGAUAGUAUUGAUGAGACAACUGGGCAGCACAGAGGGUUUAUGCUCAUAUCGAGGCCUCAUACAGAGCCUGGAUUGCUUUAUACCUUGAGCUGUAAACAUGAGAGUUGGGCUGGUAUUUCAAAAUAUUUAGUGGAUGAUGUUCCUGUUCUCUUAAAGUCAGAAGAUGUGAAAGACAUUAAUAAAUUGCUCUAUGUUGUUUUCUCGUCACUCCCAUCAAAUUUUGAAGAAUUGAUCAAGUGGGUUGCUGAAGUGAGGAGACACGAGGACGGUGGGGCAAGUCUAAGCCAAGAGGAGAAAGGAAGGCUGGCUGUUAAGGAAGAGGUUUUAAAACAAGUGCAGGAAACUGGACUUUUUAAACAUGUAGCAGAAUUUUUAUCUUCUGCAAACUCAUGUUGCAGAAGUAUGCCAAUUCUAAGUCCGGAAGACGAUCUUCCUCGAAUUGCUGCACAUAUUUGUUGCCAAGGGGCAGAAAUUUUGGCGGGGAAGUUUAGUUCUUCAGGAGGUUAUUGUUGCAGGGAAACUUGUGUGAGGUGUUUGAAGACCACUGAUGAAAAGUCUGUUACUUUGGUGUCUGGUACAGUUGUGGACGGUGGAAGUGAGCAGGGGGUGGAUGUGCUAGUUCCUUCUGCUCAAAUGAAACCAAGUUGCUGUGGCUGUGGCCCAAGUAGGCGCAUUGGGAUGCAUCCGGCUGGCAAUGAUGUUCUUACAGCACUUCUACUGGCUUUGCCUCCUGAAACAUGGUCUGGUAUCAAAGAUGGGAAACUUUUGCAAGAAAUGAACACUCUUGUUUCAACCCAAAGUCUUCCGAUGUUGCUUCAAGAAGAGGUUUUGCAUCUAAGACGUCAACUCCACCUUCUUAAGAGAUGCCAAGAGAACAAGGUAGAUGAGGAUCUUGGUGCACCUCUCGCCUAGGACUUUAAUAAGUUUGAUUAUUAUGGAUAUGAGAAUCGUGAAAGCUAAUGUACCGCUGGGACUUUGCUCAUUUGUGACGUUGCGAGGAACCAAACUCAUAUGGCAAAUACAAGUGAUCGUCAAGAAUGUAGCACUUGCAGGAAUAUCUUUUUUUUUUUUUUUUCCUCGAAAGAAUCUUAUAUUGAAUCAUC